AAGUAAAUCAUAAAUCGGAAAACAAUAAAGAAAGGCGAAAGCAGCGACCAUGAUCGUGAAUCUGCAUGUAUGUAUCCCCAUCUCUGCCUCUCGCCCAGCCAUUGAUUCCAACCACCGUCACGAAUUCAUCUCAGAUAAACCCUAACCCAUGCGAUCCAAUCUCAAUUUCAAUUUCAACACUCAAAUCCCACAAAUUAAAUAAAAAAAAAAGUGGUUGGUUGUGAAGAAGAAGUAGUAACAGUAGUGAGAGAAAUGCCAAGUGUGGCUGUGAAGCUCUACAGCGUGUUCUUCAAGUUCCUCUUGAAGCACCGUUUGCAGAACCGAAUCCAAACCCCAACCCAACAACACUCCAACACCUUCGGAGUCACCACCCGACCCGAGGAAACCGUCGCCGCCGCCAACCCCUCCUUCGCCGACGGCGUCGCCACCAAAGACAUCCACAUCGAUCCGCUCACUUCUCUCGCUAUCCGAAUCUUCCUGCCCGACUCGGCCCUAACCCCUCCCAACCCCAACUCCGAUCCACAGCGCCGACGGAGCUACGGCGGAGGCUCCGGCGUCGAGGGACUGAACUUGAUGGGCGGCGGCACGUACCGGGGCUACGCGCCGGGGAAGGGGGAGCGGCGGAGGCUGCCGGUGGUGCUGCAGUUCCACGGCGGCGGCUGGGUGAGCGGCGGGAGCGAUUCGGUGGCGAACGAUCUUUUCUGCCGGCGGGUGGCGAAGCUCUGCGACGUGGUGGUGGUGGCGGUGGGGUACCGGCUGGCGCCGGAGAACCGGUACCCGGCGGCGUUCGAGGACGGCGUGAAGGUGCUGAAUUGGCUUGCGAAGCAGGCGAAUUUGGCGGAGUGUAGUAAGUCCAUGGGGGUUGGGAGGGGUGGUGGUGGUGGUGAUUUCAAGAAAUCGGAUUCUCAUAAGCAUAUUGUUGAUUCCUUUGGGGCUUCAGUGGUUGAGCCUUGGUUGGCUUCUCAUGCCGAUCCUUCCAGAUGUGUUCUUCUUGGAGCGAGUUGUGGUGCCAAUAUUGCGGACUAUGUGGCUCGAAAAGCUGUGGAAGGAGGCAAACUUCUGGAUCCUGUCAAGGUGGUAGCGCAGGUCCUGAUGUAUCCAUUUUUCAUUGGAAGUGUUCCCACACGUUCUGAAAUAAAGUUGGCAAACUCUUACUUCUAUGACAAGGCCAUGUGUACGGUUGCCUGGAAACUUUUCCUACCUGAGGAGGAAUUUAGUUUGGACCAUCCAGCUGCUAAUCCCCUUGUCCCAGGCCGGGGUCCUCCUUUAAAGUUGAUGCCUCCAACGUUGACAGUUGUGGCGGAACAUGACUGGAUGAGGGAUCGUGCCAUUGCUUACUCAGAGGAGCUCCGGAAGGUGAAUGUUGAUGCACCUGUUCUUGAGUAUAAGGAUGCAGUGCAUGAAUUUGCAACACUUGAUGUCCUUAUCAAAAGCCCUCAGGCCCAGGUUUGUGUUGAGGACAUUGCCAUAUGGGUGAAGAAAUAUAUUUCACUUCGAGGUCAUGAAUUCUCAUAUUGAGUUGGAUAUAACAGAUUCGGUGAUGAUUGGCAGGAAGAUAUUUGCCCAACCUUGAAAUUAGCUUCAGGUCACUCUUUUUCCGCCAUUACAUGGGGCCUGCGAUAUAUUAUUUGAUUGGUUUUGGUUCUUGAUAAGGUGUUGGAUGUUGACUGGUUCCGUGUUCAUACCCCCUGCCAGUUAUAUUAUUUUUUAUUUGUAAGAUAGUUAUCUGAGAGAGUAGGAUUAGUUGAACCAAUGAGAUGCAUUCACCUCAUGCAUACUGCACUUAACCAUUCUUGUGCCAUUUUUUCCUGUGUAUUAUGAUGUCUUAUUUCUCAUGAGAAAAUAUAAAAUUUAAUGAACCAUUCUCUUAGCAUGAGUAUGUGCUAUACAAUUCAUUACUCAAUCUAAUGGCUUCCGAAUGGUGUGAGGGUAUGUUCAACAGACCAUGCUGACUCUCAGAACCCUUUUUCUGUGGGCUCUAUGACUGCUUUCAAUGUUGGUUAUUAUGCAAGCAGAACUCUGUCCAUUGAGAACUGAUAUCCAUUUUGCCCGGGAUCAUUGUCACCACAAACUGGAGUCAGACCCUACGGAAGUGUUGAAUCUCGUUCAGAAUUGCUUUACCUUCAGCCCAAAAUUAUGGCAUACGACUUGUGAUUUCCGGAUGAUCUUCAAACGUGCUUGGGAGGUGUGACUCGCACAUGCCGCGUGAAGGGAAUAAAAUAUGUACAGACUUUUCACCAAUUCAAAGGAUCCUCAACCUUCUCUCAGCUUUGCAUUUUUUGUGAUACUUAACAAGCCUUAUUGGCUAGGUUGUAGCUUCUUUCUAGGUGGUCUCCUUUUUUUUAUUCUGUCUUUCCCAUACCCCAAAAAGAAAGAAGUUUGUUGGAAUUUGCAACUGUAGUUGAACAAGGUAUAGUCAAAUGUUAUGCAGAGACAAGUUCCAAAUAUCCAUAUUCGUCCAGGAAUAUUUGUUCCUCGAUGAAGUUAAGAUUUAA